GUCCGUGAAAGUUGUUGAAUGAAGGGAAUCUUGUUAUCGGCGACGAAGAAGUUGUCGGCCUCCGACAGAUGUUCACGGAGAAAACUGUAGGCAGAAGAAAAACAAACACAAAAACCAAAUAAAUGUAAUGAGAACACGGGAAAAAUUGCUCACGUUCUGACCAAUAGGAAUUUCACAAAAAUCAAAAAAUUUACGGACCUGCUGCACGAGACAAUGUAUUCUGCUAAGCCUCGCUCCGUGAUUGGUCGACCGUUAUUGAAUAUUCAUGUUCAACUGAGUUUCGUCCGGAAGGCCAACAUGGCUCCCUCGAAAGAUGCGGAGGUGCGAAAAAAAUUGCUGGAAAACCUCAAGAAAGAGGUCAAACAGCUAAUGGAAGAAGCUGUCACUCGCAAGUUUAUCCAUGCAGACAGCUCAAGUAUAACCUCCCUUUGCGGGGCAGUAGAGGCUGGAAUUGCACAUGGCUUGAAGAAAAGAGCUGCUGGUCUUCUUCCUCCUCAGGACACACAGUCUCUUCUGCUGAAACUCGCACGACUAUCAGAGCCUGCUGCUGAACUGAUUAAGAAACUCUCAGGAGAAGAUGAAAGAAGCAAAGAUAGAAGCAGAAACUUGUCACCAGGACCUGUUGAAAGCCCAAUACUGAAGAUGAAAUUUAACUUCUCAGCUUUGAACAGCAGUAAUAAAAAGCUUAAUGGUUAUAACAUUACUGGACACUGUGGCAAGUUUCUAUGGAUCAGAAUAGCUCUGUUAGAAAAGCUGCUUAGAAAGAUUGUUGAGGAUCUUCAAACUAAUGCAAGCCAAUUUUAUGAACCUGAAGCACUCUUAAGUGAUCCAGCAGAUGGCCGAAUAUUUAUUGAACUUUUAGAUGGUCCAUGUGCAUUGGAUUUCUCAAAGAUGAAAACUCCUGAUAGUUACUGGUCUGAUCCAACGGCAGAUGAACUUGUUCAAAGACAUAGAAUACACAGUGGAUUGUUUCAGCAGACCCCUGCGACAACAACAUCUCAACGGCCACAGCUUGGAGCCACAAAAUCUUCUCAUGAUGAAAACUUAGCUGUGGCACCAUUGUUGGCCAGAGAACACAUAGAGUCACUGCAUCAGAACUCACAUGCGGCUCUUCUGUAUGGAAAGAACAAUGUGUAUCUUGAACCACAUGAUGAGGACCCUAUUGCAGGAUACCUAUCACUGCAUAAGAGCAAUGAAAGUAUGCUCCUCAAGUGGACACCCAACAAGUUGAUGAGUGGCUCAUGUGAACGAGAAAAAAGCCAAUUUUGGGAUUAUGCUCUCACAGUCAACUUACAUGACGUUGUCUAUAUUCACUGUCAUCAGCAUGGUUUAUAUGGAGUGGUUAUUCUGAUUGGACAAGAUGGAGUUCAGCGUCCACCAAUCCGCUUCCCAACAACAGGGUCUUUAUUGUCAUUCUUAAACUGCCUUGAGAAUGGUCUCCACCCUCAUGGUGAAUUGGACCCUCCUUUGUUUAACCCGCGUUCUAAAGGGCUUGCCCUGCCACGCCUCAAGAGACCAGCUUCGGGUGAUAACUUACCCCUGAUGCCAUUUUCAAAAGGGGAUAAUGCAAAUCAAGACUAUGUGUUUAGAUUGGUUUCUGGAACAAAGCCAGAGGAUGUGGUAUCCAAGGAAAUGGAUCGGUGGUCUUCUCAAAAGUCUUUCAAGAGGCAGGGUGGGUUGCCAUGGAGACGACAGGACUUAAGCUCACGUCUACAAUCCAGCUUCAAACGAAACCAGAAACAAUCUUCACCUCACACAAUGGAGUGCCUGAGUAGUGCAUGUGAAACGAUGAGAAGACAAAUUACUCUACGAGCCUUUAAUGGAUGGCUGUCAUACGUGCGUCACCUUAAGACAGUGAGAACACACUUGUUAUGGCUAGUUCAUCACAGCAAAAUCAGUUCAGAAGAGAACGGACUCGAUUAUACACAGGGCCUCACAGAGGAAGUGUGGAGAAACAUGUACAACAAAGGACAGAUUAAAGAUGAAGAUACUGUGAAGAAGUAUGUUUACUUUGGAGGAAUAGAACACUCCAUAAGAAGUGAGGUGUGGCCAUAUUUACUUGGACACUACAAGUUUGGAAGUACACCGGGAGAUCGACAAGCUACCGACAAAGCUGCCAAUGAGGAGUUUCGCUCUAUCAUGGAAGAGUGGAAAGACGUGGAGAGCGUCAUCCGACAACAGGAGAAGGACCGUGAAAUGGACGGUAUUUCAAUGGACAGUACUGGAAGUAGGGAUGAGGUUUAUGAACAGUUAGAAAUGAUCAGUAACGGGCUGGAAAAAUCCGAAAAUUUACACCAUCAGAGAGUCAGUAUUGAGGAACCUGAGAUUGAAGGACUCGAUGACGAUGGAAAGGCUAGACUCAUGAAUGGACAGCUUAUUAUUCCCAACAAAAAUGGCGACGAGGCCGAGAGUGGGUGUUGUAGUGAUUGCGGGGAGGAAAACGGCAAGUGGAUUACAAUGGCAAGAACUUGCCAGCGGUGUAGUAAGAGAUUUAAUUCUUCUGUGGAACUGAAUGGAAAUGGGACAGGUGACUUGCCAAACGGGCACGAUUCCACACACACCGAGGAGAGUAGUGAACAGGAAUCACAACGGACAGGUCACGAGAGAGACGACACUGAGGUACCAGUCCUUUGUAAACAGUGCAGCCAGGGAAGCACUGGGUCUAGAGCCUCCUGCCAGUACUCGACUGAACUCCUUGACGACUUCGAUUUAAAUCUUCAUCGAAUCGAGAAAGACGUGCUAAGAUGUGAUCGUAACUAUCCAUACUUCACACACGAGAACCUCAAUAAACUACGAAACGUCAUUAGUAGUUACGUGUGGAAGACGCUGGAUGUGGGUUAUGUUCAGGGCAUGUGUGACCUUGUGGCUCCUCUGCUUGUUAUCUUUGAUAGUGAGGCGGUAACCUACAGCUGUUUCGUGGAUCUCAUGCAAAGAAUGAACAACAACUUCCCGCAUGGCGGAGCAAUGGACACGCACUUUGCAAACAUGCGAUCAUUAAUUCAAAUUCUUGACCCAGAAAUGUUUGAGCAUCUUCAGCAGAAUGGUGACCUGACGCAUUUUUACUUCUGCUACAGAUGGUUUCUGCUUGACUUCAAGAGAGAGCUUCUCUAUGACGACGUGUUUGUGGUAUGGGAGUCUAUCUGGGCAGCGAGGCACUGUACUUCGGAACACUUCGUACUGUUUAUCGCUCUCGCACUGCUUCAGUUUUACAGAGAUAUCAUUUUGGAUAACAAAAUGGAUUUCACCGACAUCAUCAAGUUUUUCAAUGAAAUGGCGGAGCGUCAUGAUGCGAAGGCGGCGCUAAAGGUGGCGCGAGGCCUGGUGGCGAAAGUCCAAGAACUUAUCAAGAACCAGUAAAAUACUGCAUAAAUUAACCGCCAGUAAAUUAAUUAUCAAGGCCUCAGCUAUAAUAUGUCGCCUUGAUUACUCCAAGUAUUAUUUAACAAGCUUAGAGCUCUAAGUUAUUGAGAAUUUCCCUGGAGGAAGGACGACUUCUAACUAGGACAAAACUAUGGCAGAAAAUAUACAAGAUAACUAUUUAUCCCUGUACAUAGAAACAAACAAACAAACAAACAAACAAACAAACAAAAAAACA